CGUGGUGACGCGGAGCGUGCGCGGAGCGGGGAGUCGGGUUCAAAGGAGGAAACAUGGCGGAAAACAAAGGAGGCGGCGGCGGCGGGGAGGGGGCUGCCGAGGCCGGGCCGGGCGGCGGCGCCGGCCUGGAGCCCACGGCCGCGUCCCCCACCGGCGCCGCUCCCCCCCCGCCACUCUCCGCGCCGCCCGAGGAGCGGGAAAGCCCCGGCGCGGCGGCCGCGGAGCGCGGGGAGGCCGAGGCCGAGGCGGCGGUGGCGGCGGGGCCCGGUGUCGUCCCAGGGCCGGGCCCCAGCCCGGUGCCUCCGCUGACGCCCGCGGUGCCGGGGCCCUUGUCGCUGCUGGACACUUGCGCGGUGUGCGCGCAGAGCCUGCAGAGCCGGCGGGAGGCCGAACCCAAGCUGCUGCCCUGCCUGCACUCCUUCUGCCGCCGCUGCCUGCCCGAGCCCGAGCGGCAGCUCAGCGUCCCGGUGCCCGGCGGCGCCAACGGCGACGUCCAGCAAGUGGGGGUGAUCCGAUGCCCGAUAUGCCGCCAGGAGUGCCGGCAGAUCGACCUGGUGGAUAACUACUUUGUGAAGGACACCUCGGAAGCCCCCAGCAGCUCCGACGAGAAGUCAGAGCAGGUGUGUACGAGCUGUGAAGACAACGCCAGCGCCGUUGGAUUUUGUGUGGAGUGUGGGGAAUGGUUGUGCAAGACUUGCAUAGAAGCUCAUCAGCGAGUAAAAUUUACUAAAGAUCAUAUGAUCCGAAAAAAAGAGGAUGUGUCUUCAGAGGCUGUGGGAGCAUCUGGUCAACGUCCUGUUUUCUGUCCUGUCCACAAACAAGAGCAGCUCAAGCUUUUCUGUGAAACCUGUGACAGGCUGACAUGCAGAGACUGUCAGUUACUGGAGCACAAAGAACACAGGUACCAGUUUCUGGAAGAAGCUUUUCAGAACCAGAAGGGUGCGAUUGAGAACCUAUUGGCCAAACUGCUGGAGAAGAAGAAUUAUGUAAAUUUUGCAGCUGCCCAAGUUCAGAACAGGAUAAAAGAAGUAAAUGAAACUAACAAACGAGUAGAACAGGAAAUCAAAGUGGCUAUAUUCACCCUCAUCAACGAAAUCAAUAAAAAGGGAAAAUCUCUCUUGCAGCACCUUGAGAAUGUGACAAAGGAGAGACAGAUGAAGUUAAUACAACAACAGAAUGACAUCACUGGUCUUUCGCGACAAGUGAAGCAUGUGAUGAACUUUACUAAUUGGGCUAUUGCCAGCGGCAGCAGCACCGCUUUGCUCUACAGUAAGCGGCUGAUAACAUUCCAGUUACGGCACAUUUUAAAGGCGCGUUGUGAUCCCGUCCCAGCUGCCAAUGGGGCGAUACGCUUCCAUUGUGACCCCACGUUCUGGGCAAAGAACGUCGUCAAUUUAGGUAACCUUGUCAUUGAAAACAAACCAACUCCUAGUUACACUCCUAACGUCGUGGUUGGACAAACUCCUCCAGCCACCAACCACGUCAGCAAAGCUCCGGGCCAGAUCAACCUGGCGCAGCUGCGGCUGCAGCACAUGCAGCAGCAGGUGUAUGCGCAGAAGCACCAGCAGCUGCAGCAGAUGAGGAUGGGGCAGCCGGCGGCGUCCGUUCCCCGGCAGAGCAGCCCACAGGUCUUACAGCAGCAGCCUCCCAGGUUGAUCAGCAUGCAGACCAUGCAGAGGGGUAACAUGAACUGUGGGGCUUUCCAAGCACAUCAGAUGAGAAUGGCUCAGAAUGCUGCUCGUAUUCCAGGAAUACCACGCCACAAUGGACCACAAUACUCCAUGAUGCAACCUCACCUUCAAAGACAACAUUCUAACCCUGGCCACGCGGGGCCUUUUCCAGUUGUUUCUGUGCACAACACCACUAUUAAUCCAACUAGUCCUACCACAGCAACGAUGGCGAGUGCAAACCGCGGCCCAACGAGUCCGUCUGUUUCUGCGAUCGAACUCAUUCCUUCCGUAACAAACCCAGAGAAUUUACCUUCCCUGCCGGACAUCCCGCCCAUCCAGCUUGAAGAUGCUGGUUCAAGUAGCUUAGAUAACCUUCUGAGUAGAUACAUCACCGGCAGCCACCUACCCCCACAACCCACCAGUACCAUGAAUCCCUCCCCGGGACCCUCAGCUCUGUCUCCAGGCUCAUCAGGUUUAUCCAACUCCCACACUCCCGUGAGGCCGCCCAGCACCUCCAGCACGGGCAGCAGAGGGAGCUGUGGCUCCUCGGGCAGAACUGCUGAGAAGAGCAGCGUUAACUUCAAGUCUGACCAAGUGAAGGUGAAACAGGAGCCCGGCACAGAGGAGGAGAUUUGCAGUUUCUCAGGAGCAGUGAAACAGGAGAAAACAGAGGAUGGCAGGAGAAGCGCUUGCAUGCUUAGCAGUCCCGAGAGCAGCUUGACACCACCGCUGUCCACUAACUUGCAUCUGGAAAGUGAAUUAGAAGCGUUAGGAAGCCUCGAAAAUCACGUAAAAAUGGAACCGGCAGAUUUAAGUGAAAGUUGCAAACAGUCCGGACACAACUUUGUAAAUGGGAAAUCCCCCGUGCGCAGUCUAAUGCACCGCUCGGCCAGAAUUGGAGGAGAAGGCAAUAACAAAGACGACGAUCCCAAUGAGGACUGGUGUGCCGUGUGCCAGAACGGAGGGGACCUCUUGUGCUGUGAAAAGUGCCCGAAGGUUUUUCACCUGACCUGCCACGUACCGACGCUCCUCAGCUUUCCAAGUGGAGAGUGGAUAUGUACAUUCUGCAGAGAUCUCAGCAAACCAGAAGUAGAAUAUGACUGUGACAAUUCACAGCACAGCAAGAAAGGGAAGACAGCGCAAGGCCUGAGUCCCGUGGAUCAAAGGAAAUGCGAACGUCUCCUGCUUUACCUGUAUUGUCACGAGCUGAGCAUUGAAUUCCAGGAGCCAGUCCCAGCCUCGAUACCAAACUACUAUAAAAUUAUAAAGAAGCCAAUGGAUUUAUCUACGGUGAAAAAGAAACUGCAAAAGAAGCAUUCCCAACACUACCAGACUCCUGAGGAUUUUGUGGCAGAUGUCCGGUUGAUCUUCAAGAACUGUGAAAGGUUUAAUGAAAUGAUGAAAGUUGUUCAAGUUUAUGCAGAAACACAAGAGAUUAAUUUGAAGGCCGAUUCAGAAGUAGCGCAGGCAGGGAAGGCAGUUGCAUUGUACUUUGAAGAUAAACUUACAGAGAUCUACCCAGACAGGACCUUCCAGCCUUUGCCUGAAUUUGAGCAGGAAGAGGAUGAUGGUGAAAUAACUGAGGACUCCGAUGAAGAUUUUAUACAACCACGUAGGAAACGCCUAAAAUCAGAUGAGAGACCAGUGCAUAUAAAGUAAUCUAAUGAUAUGGACCUAAAGUUUAUUGUAAAAACUGUUAUUUAAGUGUUCCUGGAAUAUUAUAAUGCCUACGGUGGCCACCUUGAAGAAGCUGAUAGCUUUUUAAACAGUAUUAGAUGACAAAAAACACUUGUACAGAAAAGCAUUCUCAGCAGAAGGGGAAAAAGCUGUAUUGUAAAUUUUUGGCGUGUUUUUUUUUCUUUUCAUUUCUUUUUUCCUCCUCGAUUACUCGCUAUAUUCUGUUCCUGCUGGAGGGGACACGCUCAUCCCGCUCUCGCACACAGAGCUGGGUGAAUGUUGAAGAGCAGCACAUUUGAUACGAGAUGUUCCAUGUGGAGCUGAGACUGGUUGGUGAGAUGCUCCUGGAUCUGGACUGCAGCACAGACUGAGCAGCGCUCCCCGAAUCCCCUCUUUGCGUGAACUUCAGUGCGUGUUGGUCGUUGCUUUUCUCAUCUCAUUUAAGCGGUAUUGUGAACAACUGAUCUGUGUCGAGCCGAUUACCUAAAUUUGACUUUCUUUACUGCGUUUUCUGUAUAGCAAAAGGAAGAAAAAAAAACAUUAAACUGUUCUGAAUUGGCAAGUGCAGGAGUGUGAGUUCUUGACAGACUGAACUGGUUGCAACAACCCCUUUGCAGUAGGACCGGGUGUAUUCAUUAUGAAUCCUGUACACAGAACGUUUUAGUUCAGCGUUUAAUCUCAGCGUUGUCAUCUGUCCCUGAUCCCCCAAACGAGGCAGAAUGUUCUCCCCAGUAUUGUCUAAUUUUCUGUACUUAAAUUAUAGACUGAAGAGCUAACAACUGAUUGGGGUGUUUUUCCAGUCUUCCUAAAUAUCAGUUUCUAAUAGACCACUCGGCAAACAAUAACCUAUUAACUACCAAAUGUGUAAAAUUUCCUGUAUUCACUUUGUCUUAUUUGUAAAUAGUGACUCGAGAUUUCUCGCAGGUCAGCAACAUUUGCUGAACUGUUUUUAAGCUAAUUAUGUAUUCUUAUUAAUUGUUCCUAUCAACAAAAGAUUUGUAAUAUAUGCCAUUUCUAACGUUGCGUUCGUUUCGAGGUUCUGUCUUAUUUUUAUUGGAGUACUACUCAGAACUUUCUUCAGCAGCAGCUUAGGAGCGAAAUGUCGAGAAAGGUUGGAAUAAAUCUGAGGUUGGGUUGCUUGUCCGUGCCUCGAACGAAGCGCUUGCGCAGGAUUUGGCCUUGAGCGGUUUCUGGUUGAAUAUGAAAGCAGAAGAGUUUCCCCGUCCCCCUGUGCCGGGGCAGCAUCUCUGCAGUGCCCUCCCCACCUCAUUGGAUGAGGUCAAGUUGGCAGGAAUUACUUUGCCAUAAGGUUUUGCGUGGAUACUGUGGUAAAUCAGGGUUUUGGAGUACUCAGCCACUCCUGUGAUGUAUCUUUACCCGAAUGGUAAAGGAUAACGGUAAAGAGAAAUAUUUCAGCACGGUGUAUCAAUUUGAGAGAUGCUCUUAAAAAUUGUUAUGCAAAUCACUUAAGAUUUGAUUUCUUUUUCUAAGAACAAAGUGUAUUUGCAUUGUGACCGUACCCCCUCGCAAUAAAUAAGGGGACUGAAGGUGUUUGGAACUUCAAGCUCAGUUCUUUAGGUUACGCACAUGUUACGCUGAAAACGCAAACUGAGGGGGUUUGUUAAUGUCUCAGAUAUUCACGUAGUGCCAGUUUAAAUUUGCAUUUUGCCAGUUUGUAUGUGAAAGGAAAAGGAAUUCUACUUAAACUCACCAGAUUGACAAAGAGCCAACGCUCGGCCCAUAGGAUGAGGCGCGUGAGCAGGACACCAGGAGUAACGGAUCAUUUAAUGCCUCUGUGUAUUGCCUGUUUGUGCAUUUCUAGUUUCUCAGCUUCAUUUUGCAAAGGAAUACCAUUAAAAUCAUAAUGAAAAUAA